AUGGAGUCUGACAGCCUCUCUCUUGAUGGAAAGACUGCCAUAGUUACUGGCUCUGGUAGAGAAAACGGCAUCGGCGCAGCUAUAGCCAUCACAUUGGCACAAUACGGGGCAGCCGUCACCAUCCACUACGUGAACAAUUCUGUCAUCAAGAGAGCCCAUACCGUCGCAAAAGGUAUAAGAGCAGAUGGCGGUAAAGCAAUCGUUGUCCAGACCUCGAUCGAGACCCCCGAGGGUGCUCAAUAUCUGGUCAGCGAGACGUUGAAAGGGUUUAACGCCGAUCAUAUCGAUAUACUUAUUAACAACGCAGGAGUACCACUCUUUGGCGAGACUCUGGCAGUCACUCCUUCACAGUUGACUGAAGUACUCGACGUCAACAUCAAGGGUCCAAUAUUUGUUGCCCAAGCAGUUGUACCUCUGAUUGCCCCUAGCGGUCGUAUUGUCAACAUCAGUUCUAUCGCGUCCAAACUUGGUGACAAUGAUAUCCCAGUAUACGGUGCUUCCAAGGCUGCCCUCGACAGUCUUACUUGGUCCUGGGCCAAGGAGUGGGGACGCAGUAAAGGCAUCACGGUCAAUGCAGUAGCCCCUGGACCUGUAUUGACUGAUGCAAUCCCUGCAGCCAUAGCCGAUGAAUUCCAACGGCCCUAUGUCGAGAUGACACGGGCGGCUAAUAGGGCUGGUACUGCAAAGGAUAUCGCUGAUGCUGUACUUUUGUUGGUUUGUGAGAAGGCGAGAUGGAUUACAGGACAGCAUAUAUCUGUCAGUGGCGGAAUCACCAACUGA